AUGGCAGCGUCCCACCAGCAGCCCGGGACCCGGCUCUUUCGAACGUACGCGGCGAGGGGCGUCCGGAGGUCGCAGCGGCAGCUUAGCCGGCCGGCCGUGCCAUGGUUCCAGCCGCCGGAUCCGAAGCGCGCCUUCAGCAGCAGCUUCAGCGGCGAUGACCCGUCGCGGUCUGUCUCUUCCGACGACCCGGACGACCCUGAUGACCCCGACUUCCCUGGCAGCCCAGUAGGCCCACGGCGCCGGCGACCUCGGGGCCGCGUCCCCCGCCAGGGCACCCUGACAGCCACCCAGAGGCUGCGGCCUCGGCCCCCGCAGAAGUGCAGCACCCCGUGCGGCUGGCUGCGACCGCCACACUUCCCCAGCUGCAACCUGGGCUGCCUAAGCCCGGACCUAGGCGUGUGCAGCCAAUCCAGGGACAGCAACGACCUGGGCACCAGCGCCUCCCUGUUCAGCUCUCCGGCCUCCCCCGGAGCCCCCGACUCGGAUGGAGCCUCUGCAGUCCCCAACGACGGCCCCUUCCCAGCAGCCUCCUUGGACGAAGCAUCUCUGCCCUGCCCCCAGGAAGCAGCAACAGAUGGAGGCGGGUCCACCAGGAUGGGUCGCCAAGCCGGAGCCGGCUUCAGGUCAUCUCUCUGUAGCCUUGUGGACUCAGGGACCACGGAAGAUUACGAGUUUGGGACCGAUGGGGAGAAUGUGAAGGAAUCGUGUAAUGGAAGACAGCAGGUGGGAUACAGCCUAACGGGCCCGGGUCUGGCAAGCAUGGGAAAGAGAAGGGCCGCAAGUCAAACGGUUGUAUCUCAAAGAGCCGACCAGGUGCACGGUAGAAAGGCCAGUUCUUGCAAAGACCUUCGUGUACCAGAGCGAAUCAGCAGGCCUAAGAGAACUGGGCCACUCCGGAAGAGAAAACAGCAAGAAGCAACGGGAACCUCUGCCCUUCGCUACCACAAAUCUAAGAAGAAAAGAGAAGAUUCAGUCCCCUCCCCGGACUUGAAUCCUAUCCGUGAAGCCUGUUCUUGGACCAAAACCAGAGCCUCCUUCAGUUUCCACAAGAAGAAAAUUAUCACGAAUGUGUCAGAAGUGUGCUGCAAAUAUACUGCCAGUUCUCCCUCUAGGUCCCUCCUGUCUGAAUAUUCGACCUCUCUUAUCAUGAGCAGAGCAAGCAGUACUGUUUCUUCCCGUCACUCCUCUUCUAUGUAUUUGCUAAGCCCCUUUGAAGCCCUGGAGAUCACAGACAAAAAGCCAUCUUAUGCUGAAAAGGUUUAUGGGGAGUGUAAUCAGGAAGGACCUAUCCCCUUUAAUGAUUGCCUUUCCACGGAAAAACUGGAACACUGUGAGAAGAUUGGGGAAGGAGUGUUUGGCGAAGUGUUUCAGACAAUUACUGAUCAAACACCUGUAGCCCUAAAAAUCAUUGCUAUUGAAGGACCAGAUUUAGUCAAUGGGUCUCAUCAAAAGACGUUUGAGGAGAUCCUGCCAGAGAUCAUCAUCUCCAAAGAGCUGAGCCUCUUGUCUGAUGAGGUGCACAACCGCACAGAAGGCUUUAUUGGGCUGAACUCAGUGCACUGUGUUCAAGGGCCUUACCCUCCCUUGCUGCUCAAAGCCUGGGAUCAUUAUAACUCAACCAAAAAAUCUGCAAAUGACCGGCCUGACUUUUUCCAGGAAGACCAGCUCUUUAUAAUAUUGGAAUUCGAGUUCGGUGGGACUGACUUAGAGCAAAUGAAAACAAAGCUGUCCUCCGUGGCUGCUGCAAAGAGCAUUCUGCACCAGAUCACCGCAUCCCUCGCCGUGGCAGAAGCAUCGCUGUGCUUUGAGCACCGUGACUUACACUGGGGGAAUGUGCUCUUAAAGAAAACCAACCUCAAAGAGCUCCACUACACCCUCAAUGGGAAGACAAGCUCCAUUCCCACCCAUGGGUUACAAGUCAACAUCAUCGACUACACCCUGUCCCGCUUGGAGCGGGAUGGGAUCGUCGUUUUCUGUGAUAUCUCCGCUGAAGAGGAACUAUUUACAGGUGAAGGUGACUACCAGUUCGAGAUCUACAGGCUCAUGAGGAAGGAGAACAGAAACUGCUGGGGUGAGUAUCACCCUUACAAUAAUGUGCUGUGGCUACAUUACCUCACAGACAAGAUUCUGAAUCGUAUGAGCUUUAAGACUAAAUGCCACACCACAGCCAUGAAGCAAAUAAAGAAAGACCUGCAGCAUUUCUACAGAACUGUACUGAGCUUCAGCUCUGCCACGGACCUGCUCUGCCAACACAGUCUGUUUAAGUAAGCCGGUUCUUAGUGCUCACAUUGAGAGCACUUGCAAAGCCCCACUGAGUACACCUUCAACGCCUCUGGGACUGUUUUCAAUCUCUGCCACCAGAGCAGGAUGGAGGUAAAUGCCCAUCCUUAAGAGGUCCCUGGCAGCUUUUUAAGAGAAUCUUGUUUUUAAAAGGUAAACAAAGUGUUUGUCGACAUGAUUAAAUUUGCUUUUAACAAGUGUUCUUAAAAAUAAACUACA